AUGGCCUCGAACGAGAAGGACAUUCUACGAAUUUAUCAGACUUAUAUCAUACAGAUAAUUCAACCAUCCUGCAUAUUGCCCCUGGUUGACUUUUUAAAAGAAUAUGAGGAGCAAAUCUGCGCUGCAGAGACCCACAAGGGCCUCACUGAGGCAGCCACCAUGAUGAUGGAGUUUAUCUACACACUCCCAGAGACUCCAGGCUGGUUUCGCAUGCUCCUGGAUGGCUUCAGUAAUGCAGGUUACCGCACCCUUGCAGACGCCAUUGAUCUGAACAAUUUUACUGAGAUAGAGAAGGCAGAGCUUCACAAGGAUGAGAUUCGGAGACUCAAGCCAAUGUUGAAGGACGUGAAGCCUUCAGACAUUCUUAUACACAUGACUGACUGCCUACUGCAGAACCAGAAGGAGACAGUGGAGCGGGAGACUGAGGUGAAAGGAAGUACACAUGGGAUUCACAAAUUGGUGGACUUCUUGCUUAGGACAGAUAAUCCUAACUGGUACAAAAUUUUCCUGAAUGCACUGGGACUGGGUGGAUAUCGCCACCUGGUGGAAGUUCUGGAUAAUCCAGAUGACAAUCCAGCAAAGCAGAGUGAUGCUGAGUGUGGGGAAAUGGAAGUGGAAGAAAUGGAAUUUUCUUACAGUGAAAAAGCAGCUCACGCUAAUCUUUCUGCCAAUGCAGACACUCCAAAAGAUGGAGAACAACCAGCAAUGAACUCUGAGAAUGGUCCUUCUGUUGUGAAACUGCGAGACUAUCAACGAGAAUUAGCCGAACCAGCUCUGAUGGGCAAAAACACCAUCAUAUGUGCCCCAACAGGCUCAGGGAAGACGAUGGUUGCCAUGGAGAUCUGCAGACAUCACUUAGAGCAGGGUACAGAGGAGAAAAAGAAGAAAGUAGUGUUCCUAGCCAACACUAUCCCACUGUGCCAACAGCAGAUGGAAAUGUUUCGCAAGUACUUUGAGAACACAGAGUUUGAGGUGACCGGCCAGUUUGGGGAAACUGCCAGCCCAAUGGCUGCCAUACUUGCAGUGGAGAACUAUGACAUCAUCAUUAUGACACCAAAGAUUUUAGAGCUGAACCUAGAAGAUGGCAACAUCCCUGGGCUCUCAUCGUUUACCCUUGUCUUCUUUGAUGAAUGCCACCAUACCAUGAAGAACCACUCCUACAGCGCAAUCAUGAAAAUGUACAUGGACCUCAAGCUGGGCCCUGAACCGGCUGCACUCCCACAGAUAGUGGGUCUCACUGCAUCAGUAGGGGUGGGCAAGUCUAAGAACGAGCAGGACGCCAGAGAGCACAUCUACCAGCUGUGUGCCAAUCUGGACACUGAAACUAUCUCCACUGUCAGCCGACAUGUGGAAGAGCUCCGCAACCACGUCUUUGUACCGAACAAAGAUACCAGAGUGGUAAAGCGCCGUGCCUCCAGCCCUUUCAUGGACACAGUGGUGGAACUGAUGGCACAGGUGGAAUCAAUCGCGAUGAAGACCUACAAUAUUGACACCCUGUCCAAGAUCCCCCGGAACACUCGUGGCAGCCAGAGCUACGAGCAGUGGAUUGUGGAGGUGCAGAGAAACUGUAAGGUCCUGAGGCUGGACAAUAAGGAAGAGGAGCAAAAGGUCUGCAGAAAACUGGUCACCUGUGCAGAGAACCUGAGGAAAUACAACGAUUCCCUCAUCAUAGCAGAGGAUGCUCGUAUGAAAGAUGCCUUUAACUACCUGUUAGACUAUUUUAACAACAUGGACCCGGCCUACUUUGAUGAGACAGAUGCAGAACUGGUCAGCUAUUUCCAAGAAAAGAAGGUGAUGUUGCAGGAGUUUGCGAAUGACAGCAUCACAGACAAUCCCAAACUGUCCGACUUGCAGCUAGUCUUCCAGGAGCAGUACCGAUUUAAGCCGGAGACCCGUACCAUCCUGUUUGUCAGGACCAGAGCACUAGCAGAGGCAAUGAAAGAAUGGGUUUUGGAGACACCUGUUCUGGCUCACCUCAAACCGCGAGUUCUGAUUGGUCGAAGGAAAACUGACAUUGUCGAAGGGAUGACCCUGUCCAAACAGAAAGCUGCCCUGGAUGCCUUUCAGGAGGGAGGCAGCAAGCUGCUGAUUGCUACCUCUGUGGCAGAUGAGGGGAUUGACAUCGCCACCUGUAACCUUGUGCUACUCUACGACUAUGUGGGCAAUGUCAUCAAAAUGGUGCAAACUAGAGGCCGCGGCAGAGCCAAGGACAGCCUCUGCAUCCUGAUCACCAGCAGCUCGGAGAGCGCCACCAAGGAGCAGAUCAAUAUCCUGCAUGAGAAGAUGAUGUAUGAUGCCAUCAACAACAUACAGAGCAUCAAACACGCCCAGUUCUUGGCCAGGGUGAAGAAAAUACAGACAAUUAUGAAGAAAAAGCAAGACAUGGAGAAAUUGAUGGAAGCUAAGAAGAAGCAGGAAACUGAUGUCUUCCUGCUGCUGUGUGGAAAAUGCAAUAAGUUAACUUGCAAGUCCAGUGAUCUUAGAGUCAUUAAGAAAUCUCAUCGGGUUGUUAUCAACAAAAAUUUCAUCUCGCUCUGCAAUGUUACACCGCACCCGAAACCGAAGAAAUAUGACGACGUCGACAUGAAGAGCAAGAUCUCCUGCAUUAAAUGCAACGCUGACUGGGGAAUAAUGGGCUCGUACCUGUGCUUCACCGAGCUGCCCCUUCUCAAGACAGACGGCUUUGUGUUUGUCAACAGUCGCACCCAGCGGAAACUGGUGUUGAAGAAAUGGCAAGACUUCCCAGGAGUCAUUGAGGAGUUCGACAUACUGAAGAUGGACAGCACUGGCUAGAGUGGAGGGCGUGUGGCUCUGUGAAGUGCUUUAGAUCUCUGUUUUUGUGACAUUCAUAUCCUUCACGAAUGCAAUGCCCUCAUUUUAAUGCACACAGUAUAGUCAUGUGCCGCUUAACGUCUAUUCGGACAACGUCCGUUCGCAUAUACGACUG